AUGGAAAAGAAAACAAAUGGAUUAAUAAAAAAUCUUCUUCCUGAUGGAGCAGUCGAUGAAAGUACAAAAUUCAUAUUGGCGAAUGCACUCUAUUUCAAAGGAUGUUGGAGUCGAAAUCCGUUUGCUAAAACGAUAACCAAGAAUUCGAAGAACACACCGUGGUCCAAGUUUUUCAAUGUAUAUAGUUUACCUGAGCAACGAGAUGGACUUGGUGAACUUAUAGCAGAGGCUAGUUCUAAUCCCUCUGGUUUUAUGCAUACAUAUGUCCCGGUCAAUCAGAGUUUGGUGCCACCGGGAGAAAAUAAGGUUCCGAAAUUCAAAAUCCUUUUUGAUUUUGAAGCAUCAAGUGUACUCAAGGAAUUGGAUAUAGUUUUGCCUUAUGAUGAAUCUCAAGAUGAGCUGACGGAGAUGGCGAACAUUGACAGUAGAAAAUAUAAUAAGCUUCACGUUGACGGAGUUUUUCAUAAGUGUUUUGUUGAAGUUGACGAAAAAGGAACCGAAGCUGUUGCUUCUACUGUUGUGCAUAUGGUGUGUUGUGCGGAUUCUCCUCGUCCUCGUCCAACUCCUCGUCGUGUUGAUUUUGUGGCAGAUCAUCCUUUCGUGUUCAUUAUCAGAGAGGAGAAGUGUGAGAACCCAAAUUUUCUCGGGUUUAACUUAACUCAUAAAUUAAACUCGUUGGUCAAAUUUUCCACUUAUAGUGAUAGAAGUUGA